CGCCGCUUCCGCCUGUGUGUCUGGGCUGGGUGCUGUUUUAUCCGCGAAGAGGAGAAAAAAAAUAAACCAUGACAAAAAGACAAAAGACAGUGACUGGACUUUAACUAACGAUGCUUUAAAACUCCUGCUUUCUCACCAUGGCCAUCCGGGAGCUUAAAGUUUGUCUUCUCGGGGACACAGGAGUGGGGAAGUCCAGUAUUGUUUGCAGAUUUGUCCAGGACCACUUUGAUCACAACAUCAGCCCCACAAUAGGAGCGUCUUUCUUGACCAAAACAGUGCCAAGUGGGAAUGAACUACACAAGUUUUUAAUCUGGGACACAGCCGGACAGGAACGGUUUCACUCUUUAGCGCCGAUGUACUACCGCGGAUCUGCUGCUGCUGUUAUAGUCUAUGACAUCACCAAGCUGGUAAGAACGUUAGAAAUACUUCACCGAACAAAACAUCAUUUAUUUUUGUUUUUCUCUGACUCUGUUAUGUUUGUAGGAAUGUCUCACCUGUCACCUGCUUCCCCACGGCUCAUUCACGCCAAUAUCUCCAGUGUUGGCUUUAGCGGGUGGAGCUGGCCCAUGUGCACGCUCCGCUCCUUCUGGAUCCUUAUCUGCGAGUACUGGGUGCAGUAG